AUGGCAGUACUUUCGUAUAUAAAAAAGGGUGCGACAACAGUAGUGAUUUGUUCAUGCUACGGGGCGCGAAGUCCAUGAACGAAGCUUCUUUUCAUUUUCAAAGAAAAUUAAUUAAAGCGAUUAAUUUAGGAACUUUUCUUCUGCAUUCUAUUUAUUCUAUAAAAUGUACAAAUAAAGAUUUAUAAAUUUUACUCUUAAUCAAUUUAGGUGUAACAUGGUCAAUAACCUGAAACCUGAGUGCUCGUUUGCGUCAUGGUAUCCCCUGUUUUGCAAAGAUUCUUUGAGAGCUACGAUUAUUCACAUUCCUGACGAGGUACUUAAAUACUUGGAAUAUGACGCUUUCGUACUACCCGUCGAGGCAACAAAUUCGAUGUCACAAAACGCAGAAUGGAUGGAUGGGUCUCCAAUAACAAGUGACGAGCAUUCGCCCGAGACUCAACCAACGUUUCCACAAUUUAGUCAACAAAUUCAGAAUGUCAUAGACGAGUAUGGUGCAGUCUUUAUAAAAUGUAAUUGGAGUUCGCCUCUGGAUGCGACUUGGGUUGCACCGACCAAAACACUGAAAUGCAAAACACUAGAAGAAGUGUACUUGUUAUUAAAAAGUUCAGACAGGAUUGCCAAGGAUUUGAACACUGCGGAGAAUUAUGUAGAUCAUGAAACUCCUGUAAAAUCUUGUCUUAUUUUAAAACAAUGGAGGGAUAUCAAUCCUUGCACAGAAUUCCGAUGUUUUGUAAUACAGAAUGAACUUGUAGAUUCGUUUGACGUUAUACGGUACAAAAAAGAGAAAGUAAAGAUAGUUGAUUUUGGCCCUUUGGACGAAUCUGUUACCAAAGGUACUCUCUUUACUUACGAAGAAUUACAGAACCUGGAGGAAGAUAUUCCAGAAUUUAGAUUCAUCGGCGAGGAAAUUGGCAUUCAACCAAAAGCUCCAAAUCACUUUUGCAUUCCACAGGAAAUAAAUGAAUUUUUUCAAUCUAGUAAAAAUUCCACGUUAUUGGACAUCAUUCAACGAGAGGUGGAGAGUCAACGGAAAGAAUAUGAAAACGCAAAUUCUAACAGCGUGGAAUGCGAUUGAUACGAGUCUAAAAAAGAACAACAAGAAAAAAGAGAUUAUUAAUAAAUAAAUAAUUGUGGAAUCAGAAAAUCAUUUUUAAAUACAGAACUUUCACUUUUAUUCUGCCAGACCCUCUUCUAUCAUUACAUUACAUAAAACGAUUAAAGGCUAACCUACCGCUUAAAAGAAUUAUCGUAAUAUUGCAAUAUUUUUCGAGCCAUCGGCCUUACCGAGCGACGUCCUUUAUAUAGAAAAUAUGUCUUGUUUAUGUACAAUAUGCAAUCCUUAAUACUUCGAUUUGAAAAAGGAUUCUCGAUAUAUGUACCUCCGGACAAGUUAAUACGCUGUACAGUCAUAUCCACGGAGUAUUUUUCUCGUUUUCUCCACGUUAUUACCUGGCAAAAGUCAACAAGAUCGAGCAAUUACAUUAAUUGAUCCUUACUCAUUCUUCCGAUUUUUGUAUUUCCCCGAUUACAUUUGAACAUGAAAAAUAUCUGGUGGUGGCUUUAGCAACUGAUUAACCCUUCCCCUUUACUUUUAAUGCUCUAUCUAUGUGCGAUGUUCUUUAGGACUGUUAUCACUUAGAUAUCCGUAUAUCCAAUUGGUUGGUAAAUCGAUACAAUUUUUUUGUUCGCUUUGCAUUUACAUACUGUGUUUCGUAACUGUCGAAAGAAAGGAAAGAAAGAAAUAAAUCAGACGAGAAGUUCCAUGGCCAAUGUCAACAGUCAAGUUGUGAAACAUUUAGAAAAUAUAAUUUUUUAAAAGUAGAAUCGGAUUAAAUUUUAAUUUUCACGCAAAUGUUCGUGUUCAUCGCAUAGUCGUAAUUUGGUUAUCCCUUCAGGCGUGUAUAUGUAUACGUCCAAUGUAUGUAUUCAAGUAUCUCAGCAUCUAAUAUUUAUAAAUUCAAGUUUAACCCUUUCACCUCUUUACGACCAGAUUCUCAAUCAUGCGAAAUCCAAUCAGCUUUGAAAACAAAAUAUAUACUGCUAUGACCAAGCAUUGUUCUAAAAAUGCUAAUAAUUUAGUAUCUCUCUCAGUGUCGCAAAGAGAUGUGUGUGUGUGUGUGUGUAUGUG